GCUGGGGGCGGGAGCCGUUGAGGGCGGAGAGCCGUUGGGGGCGGGGAGCCUUAGGAACGGGGCUGCGCUGAGGCCGCCCGUCGCCUCCUCCGCCACGUGGGGCGGGCGCCUCUCGUCGCGUCCGUGCCGCGUUUGUAGUGGGCGCCGGCGGCGGUGCCGUGUUUUUCCUUCCCCCGCGCUGCGCUCCCCGUGCCGGCAUGGGGCCGCUGAUCUGGCUCUGCCUGCAGCUCGGCGCGGGCUCCGCGGCGUUCGUGGUGAACGUGGAUGUCCGGCGAGCCGAGCGGCCCCUGCAGCACUUUUGGAGGAGCACUGGCUUUUGCCCUCCUUUACCUCACAGCCGAGCUGAUCUAUUUGACCUGAGCAAAGACCAAGAGAUGAAUCUUGCCUACAUUUCUUCUGUUCCGCAUGAUGGCAUUGAACAAGUUCGCAUUCACUGGUUACUGGAACUAGUUACUCUCAGAGUGAGAAAUGGAAAACUUCACUACAAUUUUACUGCUUUGGAUAACCUUAUGGAUCACCUGUGGGAGAAUAAGCUAAUUCCAGGAUUUGAAUUGAUGGGAAGUCCAUCAGGAUUUUUUAUAGAUUUUGAAGACAAAGACCAGGUAGUAAGAUGGAGGAACUUAAUCAGACUUCUGGCCAGGAGAUAUAUAGGUAGAUAUGGAUUGGAACAUGUUGCUAAAUGGAAUUUUGAAACUUGGAAUGAACCAGAUCACCAUGACUUUGAUAAUGUGUCUAUGACAGUGAAAGGGUUUCUCAACUAUUAUGAUGCUUGCUCAGAAGGAUUAAGGGCAGCCAGUCCUCUACUGAAAUUUGGUGGGCCAGGAGACUCCUUCCACCCCUUCCCCAAGUCACCUAUAUGCUGGAGUCUUCUAUGUCACUGCUACAAUGGAACCAACUUCUUCACAGGAGAGACUGGCGUAAGGCUGGACUACAUCUCUCUCCAUAAAAAGGGAGGUGGGAAUUCUCUCUACAUCUUGCAACAAGAAGUAGAAGCAGUUGAGCAAAUUCAGAAGCUGUUUCCAAAUUUUGCUUCUGUUCCCAUAUACAAUGAUGAAGCAGAUCCAAUGGUUGGAUGGUCGGUUCCACAGCUGUGGCGAGCUGAUGUGACCUAUGCAGCUAUGGUGGUAAAGGUAAUCAUCCAGCAUCAAAACCUGCUCAUUUCCAAACCUAACAACACCAUCAAUUAUACUUUACUGAGUAAUGACAAUGCCUUCAUAAGCUACUACCCCCAUUACUUCACACAGCGGACUCUGACAGCACGGUUUCAGAUGAACAAUACAAAGCCACCACACGUCCAGAUGGUGCGGAAACCAGUACUGACUGUCAUGGGCUUACUGGCACUGCUAGGAGAAAAGCAGAUUUUUGCAGAAGUAAACAACAGUGAAGGUGAAAGCACAGAAAACAGCACAAUUGGUGUCCUGGCAUCUCUGCACACGCCAGCUGAGCAGCAGCCCUCUGACAGCUGGCAAGCUACUCUACUGAUAUAUUUAAGUGAAGAUAACAGGACUUCACCCAAUAUCAGUACUGUCACUGUGAAUGCCACCCAUUUCCCCAAACUUGAAGAGCUGGUCUACGUGACAUACUGUCUGGACAACAACCAAACCAAUCCCUACCUGAUAUGGAAAAAAAUGGGAAGCCCUGACUUUCCUUCCACAGAACAAUUCCAGGAAAUAAGGGAUGCUGAGGACCCAGUGGCAGCAGGCCCAUUCCCAUUCCCUGAAGGUGGCGUCCUGACCCUGAAACAAGAUUUCGUGGUUCCUUCAGUCUUUCUUAUUCACAUCUGUGCAAGACCUCGUUCUGUUCCUGAUCAGGUGACUGGUGUUCGUUUGAUCCCUCUCACAAAGGGGCAGGUUAUUGUGUUGUGGGACGAUGGCUGUGUGAAUUCAAGAUGUAUAAAGACAUUUGAAGUGGAAUUCUCACCAGAUGGAAAAGCAUACCAGCGGAUUAAUGCCAAAGACACAAUAUUCACUCUCUGGAUCUACAGUCCAGGAAGCUCAGUCUCCGGCUUUUACAGAGUGCGUGCCAUUGACUACUGGGGGAAGGCAGGCCUGCCCUCCAUUCCUGUGGAAUAUGUUGAAACUUUCAAGAGAAUCUGAAGAGUGGUGCCUGGCUUAGUGGCUGGGUGGUGUAUGCUCCCUGCAGAUGACAACUCCCCAGAAAAAUAAACUCCUCCCAGGCUGAGGAGGGCGUACAGAAGGGACCUGAUGAAGCAAGUUAGGAAUGCAAGUGGAAGCAACUGCCCCUAUUAACUCUUCAGAACUCAGAGGCAGUGUUAUCAAACAGCCAUAUCCAACAACCUGACUGGUAAAAUUGUAAUAGGCAGCUAAAGGACUGGGAAUUAUGGGAAUAAAUAGCUAUUAUUUCCUAUAUCACACUGAGCUAACACCAGGGAGAGCCAAAGAUUUAUGAAAGCCACAAAAUGCAACAGAAACAGGACCAUCACUUCACUGUGCAGGUGAGGAUGGUAGCAAAGGCACCAGAAGGACCUGUAGGAGACAGCACUGCCGGCCUUCAGCAUCCAGGCUGACUGUCAUAAUGGAGUGAUGGAAGGCUGCAUGACCACGAGACAGACACAUCCAGGGCUUGAAAAGUCCCUGCACAUUCCCAGCAGCACCACAGGUUAUUCACACAUGCUCUAAUCAGUUAUUUUGGAGCACUUGCUCUGUCUCCAGACAUAAGAAGUUCUUUGCUUCCUCAUACGGGGGUUUCCAUACAGGUGCUUUUGCAUUUGAGGUUGUUAUUUGCAUGUCAGAGCUAUUCCAUCACACAGGCAAAGGAAGGAGUAGCAGCUUGUCUUCAAAGGGAGAAUUUCACAGAGAAAGCUCUAGCUUCAAGACUUACCUGCCUAUCUUGCUCUCUGCUUUAUCCUGUCAUCUGCUUGCACCAUGGAGGUGUCUGUGUUGGUUCAGGUCCCUCGAUUGCUGCCUCAUCAUGGUGAAGCCACUAGCCGUGAAAGCCCCUCUUUCUCUCCACUUUGCUCGCCUAGCCUGGCUUCCUGAAGUCCUUCCAGCUGGCAUCUCCCUCCCCAGCAGACCUUCUUUCUGCAGUCUCAUGCUGAAACAGUAAGUGAAAUGAAGCUUGGCUUUGGGUGGCCAGGAGAAAGUUAAAAUGGGAGUUAGAGCCUUUUGUGUUUUCAUGCUAUAGCAGGGCAUGCUGUUGAAUGUAACAGAGGGCUGCUUCUGGUUGCCAGUUAGGAAACUAACCAAGAACAGCUUGACCUUCUGUGUUUUGCAGAGCAUGUUUGCAAGUGUGUUAUUGCCUGAGAUAAUGGGGUACAGAACACUACUGGAUGCCCAUGCAAAUGCCAAAAACUUUAUGUAACAAAAAAGUGCCCUGAAAUUACAGGGGUGUUUUUUUACUCUCCUCUUCUUCACAACUAGAGCACUUUGAACUCUGCCUUUAAAAUGCUUAUAGAGGGAAGGAUAAUGCCAGUGAAAACAGCUGGAGUGUUUUCCAUUAGAGGAGCAGCUUUGUCGCACAAACACCUCCCCUACUGCUCUCUUUGCUGACAUCGGCUGCUUCACCAGCAUAACAACAAAGUUUGUGUAUUUGGUGAAACAUUCAGGUCUCAGACAGAAAAUCAAGUUUGCACAGUGGGAGAGAGCUAAACCACCUCAAAUGGCCUCACUUUUACAGCAUGGAAAAGACACAUAUAAAAAGUCAGUAUAUGUCAGAUAAGGCUUGUUAUCUCCUUACCUUCUUGUUACUUGUUCCUGUGCUUAUGUUGAAAGUUAGCUGUGAAAGAUCCAUGUUAUCUCAGAAUUCAGGUAAAAUGUGUUGUGUCUCACUAAUUUUUGAGUAAGAAGCCUGUGCCACAUCCUAAUCUGUCAGCUUCUCACCCAUAGAAGCUUGAGAUGGUGCAGAACAGAAAAAUGAGAUGUGAGAUUACUUAAUUCAUUAGUUUUCCAGGUACAAAAAAGAGUUAAUGAGAAGUUGCACUUGGAAGGAAAGAGUAAAUCAGAGUAAAAUACAUUUCAAAGCUGUUAUAAUUAUCUCUAAGUGAAGAAUCAGAAAAUGCAGUUAAACAAAUCCAGCCAUGCCAGUUAAAUAUGCCAGUUAAGGCAUAUUGAUUUACCAGUAUGAAGCAGUGCCACAGAGCUGAUGAAUCCCAGUGGAUUGCUUGGCUUUUGCAAAAGUGCAGUACAUGAAUGAUGAUUCACUCAUCUCAUUCUUUCACUGUUUUUAAAACUGUCUCUAUGGCAAGUAAUUUCCAUUAGAGGAUGUUACCAUCUUUUAGAAGGUUUUAGGCUGGAGGUUCUCCUGGCUCAGGAUUUCUGCUCCCCAGCAGAGGCAGACAGAAGGCUUGUAGCUGCCUCUUUGCUCUGGCUUCUAGUUCUCAUGUUUACUUUUUUCAUCUUUUUAGAGGGCAAAAUGAAAGUGCUAUUUUCUCCAAAGUUUCAAGGUAAAAUUUCAGACAUUAUCAUAUUGCGUGUUGAAGCCCCCACAAAGGCAGGAAUUUUAUUUUAUUUGCAAGGUCAAAGCACAGCAUGUAAUAAAUGCAAAUAAAAUCAAAUCUCUUAGAAUGACAAGGUCCAAUCACUUUGAAGAUCUGUCACUAGCUCCCUCCUUUAGGACUUCUACCCUUAACAUCAUGCAGAGUGUGGAAACAUUUUCUGGAAUAUUUCUACUGAUGGCACAAUGCGUUUUCAGGUAUUUUCUUGGCAUUGGCAAAUGUGUGUGGAAACCAGAGCCGAACGAACACAGUGGGCUGACUGUGCUGAAACAGGUUUUGAAUAUUCGGUAUUUUUUACUUCUGUGCUGCUUUGUCCAACUUUGUAUAAACUUACUCCUUUAGUCAACGAGCAAGUCUAAAAAAAGGCAGCAGAAGAGAUGGUUUGAUAUUUCCAGGCUGCAUUUUAUUUUCAACAAAGUAUGUAAGUUUUCGACUCCUCUGUUCUCUUUUGUAAUUAAACUUCUAGAAAAAAUUACUAUUUAA